UGCAGGAGUUAUAGCAGGCCACCACAUUUCAUCAAGUUGAACAUCUAUCCAAACUAAACAGUAGUUAUGGCAUGUGUUGCAGUAACUUCUCUAAUGAGAACUUUAGAGUUUCAGUUCCUACACCCCCAACCCCGAAUCACUCUUUCAAACAAAAAGCAGAUUGAGUGUCUUCAUGAAAAACAUGGUCGUUUGCUAGUUUUUCUUGAUAAAUUUGAGAAUAAUGCCGACAAUCUUCCGGAGAUGAGAGCAGUGACUGAAGAAAUUAUAGAUGUGACUGUGAAGGCUGACGAUGGCAUUCAAGAGGAACUGUUGACCUUCAUCAGGAGCAGUAAUAACAGAUUGGAUGAUGAGAAGGAUUGCUGGUGCUUGGACUUCAUCAGGGGCUUCACUACUGCUUCCACAAAACUUGAAGAAACCUUGAAGCGCGUAGUGGAUGACGUUGAAAAGCUGGUGCAGAUUACAAUGAAAACCAGUGGCCUUGUCAACAGUAAUCUCACACAACAUACCUCGCAUGUGGAUGUGGUCCAUGAAGACACCAGUGACCUUAUCAACAGUAAUCUCACGGUUGGAGGCUCCUCAAUCUCCUCACAACAUACCUCGCAGGAGGAUGCAAUGGUAGGACACUCAGAAGAGCUGGAUGAGGUAAUGAGACAGCUCACUGGUGACAAAAAUAAAGCACUCCAAGUAAUUGCAGUUGUGGGCAUGGGCGGCAUUGGCAAGACAACUUUUGCUAAAACAAUUUAUGAUGAGCCUAGAGUCAAAUCUCAUUUCGAUUUAUGUGCUUGGACAACCAUGUCUCUAGAGCAUAACAAAGGACAAGCGAUCCUUGACCUUUGUCGUUGCGUCAAGCAAUCGAGCAGUGCCUUCAACAAUGAUCUCGAUGCGCAACUUCACAAAAGUUUAUUGGGCUAUAGGUACCUUAUUAUUGUGGACGACAUAUGGACUACUGAUGCCUGGGAUGAUAUCUGCCGAUGUUUUCCUGAUGAAAAUAAUGGGAGCAAAAUAUUGUUGACCACUCGGGCUGUAGAGGUAGCCCAGUAUGCAGGCUCAGGUGAGUAUUCUCAUGAAAUGCGUUUCUUAAAUGAUGAUGAAGGUUGGGGUUUAUUUUGUCAGAAGUUUUUGGAAAAAGAAUUACUUAAGAAAUAUGAAUUUAAAAGAAUUGGGAUGAACAUUUGUCGAAAAUGUCAAGGUUUACCACUCACAGUUGUGAUGAUGGCAGGGCUUCUAUCUAAAACCGCUAAGACAAUAGGUGAAUGGGAAAACAUUGAAAGAAACUUAAAUUCUCUAUUGGCUUUAGACCUUCAUGAGAAAUUUUCAAGAAUAUUCACACUGAGUUACAACCACUUGCCUAGUCAUUUGAAGGGUUGCUUUUUGUAUUUAGGAGUUUUUCAUGAAGAUAGUGAGAUUUCAGUUAAAAAGCUUAUUAGGUUAUGGAUUGCAGAGGGAUUUGUAGAGACAAUGGGUCAUAGAAAGAGGCUAGAGGAAGUAGGUGGAGAUUAUUUGCAAGAUCUUAUUGAUAGAAGUUUAGUUAUGGUUAAUAAGAGAAGCUUUGAUGGCCAAAUCAAAACCUGUAGGAUGCAUGAUCUGUUACAUGAGUUGUGCUCGAGCAAGGCUAAAAACGAGAACCUUUUGUACCUUGAAACUAUGGGUAGCAGGCGUAAUUUUGGUCACUUUGUUCGAUUAAGUGAUGAGCGUUGGUUAAGUCUUAAAGUAGUAAUUCCAGAUUUUCAUAUUUCCAUUUCUUCCAAGCAAUGGCGUUCCAUUUUAUGUUUUAAUGGAUCUGGUAAGGAAUGGUAUUUGCGAGCCACCUCUUUUAAGAAGUUAAUAGUGUUAGACUUGAGCAAGAUUGAGUUCAAGUCAGGUGUGCCUCGAGAUAUUACAGAUCUUGUUUUCUUAAGGUACCUAGCAUUAGCCUCAAGUAAGCUUCUAAACCACAUCCCUUUGGACAAAAAUUGGAAUCUACAGACACUAAUUAUCAAUGGAGAAGAUGAUAACAACGCCCACAAUCUGCUGCCUCAUGGAAUUUGGGAUAAUUUGCAACAACUAAGGCAUCUUGAAAUCAACCACAAGCUGCAGGUUUCUAUUGAUCUUCUAAAAGUUCAAGAAAACCUGCAGACACUUUAUUGCUUGUCUAUCUCUCAGUGCACAGCGGAAGUGUUUAAGAGAAUCCCGAGUGUUAAAGAGUUGGGAAUAGUCGCAGGAGGACACCAAGUGUGGCCACAGGGUUUAAAUAGCCCGUGUUGUUUAGAAUAUCUUGAGAAGCUAAGAGUUCAGGGCUCUGACCACCCUUUAGACUUGCCUCCACAGCCACAGGGUGAUAUUUUCCCAGAAACCCUUAAGGAGUUGACAUUUGUGAGUACCCGCAUACCAUGGCGAGCCAUGAGUCUUAUUAGUAUGCUACCUAAACUGGAGGUGCUUAAACUCAAGAACUUUGCCUGCACGGGACAGGAGUGGGAACUAACUGAGGAUCAUUGCUUCCGUCAGUUAAAGGUUCUGAUCAUUUCUCACACAGAUUUGAAGGAGUGGAAGGCAGACGGGGACUCUACUUUCCCUAAACUCCAGCGCUUACAACUAAAAAAGUGCUUCAACUUGAAAGAGAUGCCAGAUUGGAUUGAAAAUAUGAUAACACUCCAAUUAAUUAAGUUGGUGUAUUGCUAUACUUCCCUUGUUCAUUCUGCUAACCUGAUUAAAGAGCAACAUGAACUCUAUGGGUAUGAUAUCUUAGAUAUUCUUGACUUCCAUACUCAACCAGACGAAGACCAUGUUGAUCCUCUAUGCAUGAAUAGAAGAAGGUUCUAUUGAAUAAACUUGUAGAGAUCAAAUCAUAAGAAAGCUGAGUAUCCCCGGCCUGGCCAUACUUUAAUGGUCUUGGAUGACAAAAAAGCAGAUCCCCUGGAAAGACAAGUAGCAACCCAAGGUGGCAGAAGCUAUUGGAUGAAGUACAAUGAAGGAAGCUCUAAAAUGGAUGAAGGAAUUAAACCUGGACAGAAUUCAGACGCACUUCAAGUUCUUUAGAGCCUACAUCUCUACAGCAUUUAGACUCGUCCGACCCUUUGAUCUCUAGAAUAGUUUGUUAAGCGAUUUACGAAUAUGGUUGCGCAUUUGCUUGCUAGGGAAGCCGUAUUCAAGUCAGGUUGUGUUGUUCAUGAUUUUC